AUGGGAAUGGUCAGCGCUCCUCAUGGCCCUGAGACUGGUGACGACCACGCAAGUUUCCCAUACGCCCACGACAAGAACCGUGAGAUGGAGAUUUUCGACUACCUCCUCCAUCCCGAUGACUUGUACACUCCCGAGGGCGUUUACUGGGCCGACCUUCCCAUCGGACAGAGAAUCAAGUUCGUGAAUAAGGUCGACAAUGCCGAGGCUAAGAAGGAGUUCAACUCGUUCUGGAGCAUGUUCAAGAAAGAUCCUCUGAGUCCUGUUGGAUGGUAUUUCAGACAUGCUGUCCUCCCUGGAGCUGGACUGGGUCUUGAAGGGUAA